GUCUAAAUAUCACGAGCCUGAGGUAUACAUGAAUAUUUAUGAGGUGAAUCUAAAGAAAAAAAGGAAUCCGAUCUAUCAUUUUAUUCCCGGAAUUUUUUCAUUCAUAUACACACAUAUUAUUACAAAGCUAAUUGUAGUCCUUGACCUAGGAAAAUUUUGAUCACAAAAAGGGAAAAGUAAUUUGCACAAUGUAUUCUUUUGUAUUGUUUUCAUUUCAGUAAAUACAGCGCGAUCACGGGCGCCUGUGAGCUCGAUCAUGAGCUCAUAUCCUAUUGAAAAAAAAUGUACGGGUCAUUGUAUUCAAGAAGAUUUAUUACUUAAAUUAAACUAUAUUCGUUGAUAUUUUGAUUAUUAUUUGUGUAACAAUAACAACACGAUUUAAAUUAAAUAAUCCGACUAGUUCUUGUCCGAAUUAUUUUGAAUGAUUUCCUAAUGUAAACAAUCCCAUGCCAUCAUGCCGCACAUUGCUACAUUUGAUGAGUACCAAGAGUUAGAAUCGUUUAUUGAAAAUUUAGAGCGGGACACAACAUCGCGGUUCAUCACACAGAGGAUAAGUAACAAAAGACACUUCAGUUUGCAACCCGGAGAUGUUUCAUCUUUAAAUGGUCACAAAAUUCUUUGGCAAGAUUGUCAAGAAACAGUUAGUCCUUCUGUUGAAUUUGAUGGCACUCCUUACAUCAACAUAGGAUGGAUGGUAAAAGAAUGUCAUCAUGGACCAGAUAGACAGAGGAGAGCAAAGGAGAAAAAAAAACAAAGACGUAAACCUGGAGACCAUGAUUACUCUAAUAAAGGAAAAGCACGCAAGUAAAUCCAAAUGUCGAAAAAGCAAGCUUGUCCAGCAACAAUAAGAAUAAGAGCCAUCAUGAAAUUCCCUGAUUUCAAGGUAGAUUCAUAUAACAACAAAUUGAUGAAAAGGAAGAUAUCUAGAAAUCUCAAACAAGCUUUUGCAAACAGAGACACAAUUCAAAAAUCCCUUGUUUAUUUGGUGUCAUAUCCAAGUGUCAAAGACCACAAGAACCACCUUACUGGAGAGGUAAGUGUUA